AUGUACGUAUUCCUGAUGUCCCAGUGUAAGCUGAUAGAAAUCGACAACACAAACCUUCAGGACCGAUUUGGAAGUCUUACUGUAUACCUGGCCAGACACUAUAAUAUUCCGUUGGAUCAUCAAAUUCUACUUACGAAUGGAGGCUGUCAAUUGAAGGAACUUCAUGAAAUUGACGACCACAGUGCUGGCGAGAAUCCAACAAAUCCGAUCUACGUCUUCUCUCGGGAUAAGGCACUAACUCCUGAUACGUGUGUGCUCAAAGCGUAUAUUUCUUGCAUGUAUAGGGGUUCGGGCUUCUACACUUCAUUGGUACGCAUUCACCAUCCUUGA